AAAAGGACUGACAACUGAAACACAAAGAUGUGGACUCAUAGCAAGAAAAACUAUGUUAAACUCAUAGACACUGAAUAGUUUUUUGAGCUCAGAUCUGGGGACACAGCACUCGGACUCAGAGAAGUUGGACCAGGAAACAGGAUUUUCGACCACAAGUGGGUAGGUUGAAUUGUAACUAAUUUAUAUUCAAUAAUAUGUUCAAGGAUGGUGACAACUUUAAACUUCAACCAAGAUUUUUACCCUUGAGGAUGGAGUGAGAUGGUAUGGUUCCCAGGCUGUUGAGCUCAGGGCCCCCAAAAAAACCCUGAACCCGCCCCUGCAGGAUUCUCCAGUCAAAGUGAGGGAGGAGUCACUGCGCGCUCCACACAGGGAAGACUCUCACUCCUGCUGCACGUUUCUUCCUUCAGAGAGGAGAGGGUGUAACAUUAAUGUCCGUUUAAAGACUGACCAACAGUCCGGCUUCACGCAGAAGAUGUUUUGAUGAGGAUUGCCCCGCGUCCGGAUCUCCAAGACGCGCCACCUGGAGAAUGAGGAAGGCGCUUUGGGUCAGGAGAAGGAACCUGUUGACUUCCCUGUUAUUUCACCGCGAGGACUGAAGGAGCCGGUCUGAAAGAUGGCUCCACAAAUGACAACAACAGCAACAGAAACAACCUUCUCCAUCCUGGAGCUGAUCCACACGAGGACAGGAGAGGUCUGGGUUUUCACCAGACCCCACUGACCAAUCAUCUCCCCACCACUCACACAGAUGCAGAGGGGAGGCAACAUGCCUGUGGCCCGCAGGAAAGCAAGGGCGCUCUACGUGAUGAUGAUGGUCAACAUCUUCAUCUGCGUGCUGAUCGGCAUGUUGUGGAACCUUGGGCAUGACAAAAGUGGACGCCAUGUGGUUCGAAUCCCAUCAAAGAGGUUUUGGCACCAACAGGUGCUGAGCAAAUCGUUCUGGAACAAGGAGCAGCAGCGCCUGGACUUCAUCUACAACCCCAUCAUCAACUCUGCGCUCUCCAGCAACCCCAUCAUCGUGUUGCCUGAUUGGCUGAACGACACCGGGCCACUCAACCCCUGCGAACAGGACUACAGAGUCCCCAUGCAAAUCUCGGACUACAACACCCUGCCACAGCGUUUCCAGGAUUUUCUUUUGUACAUGCGCUGCAGGACAUACCCCAUGAUGAUAAACCAGCCCCACAUCUGUGAUGAAAAACCCUUUCUGCUGUUGGUGGUCAAGUCACUGAUCCCACAUUUUGACCGUCGCCAGGCUAUCCGCGAGACGUGGGGACGAGCAGGCGUCUUUACCAAUCGGACUGUGAAGACAGUGUUCCUGCUCGGCAACACCUUGCCGGUAGACCACUUCCCAAACCUGUUGGGAAUGCUGGGCCACGAGGCGAAACAUCACAAAGACCUCCUCCAGUGGGACUACAGGGACACCUUCUUCAACCUCACCUUGAAGGAGGUCCUCUUCCUGGAGUGGUUCAGCCAAAACUGUCCCCACGCCCAGUAUGUCCUCAAGGGUGACGAUGAUGUCUUCGUCAACACUUUGCGAAUCAUCGACCUCCUGGAAGGUUUGUCAGAGGUCAAGGCGAAGGAUCUGUUCAUAGGUGAUGUUAUCAAUAACGCAGGUCCACACAGAGACAAAAAACUGAAGUACUUCAUCCCAGAGAGUGUGUUUGUGGGGCAGUACCCGCCCUACGCCGGUGGUGGAGGAUACCUGUACUCUGGAGAUUUAGCUCUACGCCUUUACAAGAUAUCCCAACAGGUGGUCUUGUAUCCCAUUGACGACGUCUACACGGGGAUGUGUCUGAAGAAGCUGGGUGUGGUUCCUGAGAAGCACACUGGCUUCAGGACUUUUGACAUUGAGGAGAAGUACAGGUACAACACCUGCAUCUACAGGAACUUGAUGCUGGUUCACAGCCGGACGCCACAGGAGAUGCUGACAAUCUGGCCGUGGAUCGUCCAUCCUGAGCUGGAAUGCCAGUGAACACCUUCAAUGACUGUUUGCACUGCUGAAGUUUUAAAUUUUUCAACAACUUUUUGAAUCAUGUUCAAUCCUUGAAUCCAAGCUAAACCUCUUUGUUAGUAUUUUACAGUAAUUUACUGUAUUUGUUUUCUUUCUAUGUGCUGAAUCAGUGCUCUGAAACGUUAUUUUUUAAUCCUCUGCAUAAUUGGCAAAUAUUACCCCACACUGCUGCUAAUGUUAACAAGAUAGCAUGUGCACAGGAUACCUCAGAAACCAAAGUCCAAGGUCUGUGCAUGCAUGCUAACACGGCACAUACAAAGUAUGUAGCAGGCACAUGUUAGGGUGUGGUAGUUUGGAGGAUUGCAUUUGGAAAGACUCCCAUGUUUAGGGCUUGCAAACAUGAGCACUUAACACUUAUUUACCUUGAAUGAUGGACUUCCAUUUGUUUUGUUUUUGUUUUCAGGUACUUUUGUUGCAUUUAGCUCUAAGUGAGAUGUUCUGAGAUCUAAAGGUCAGACACAAGUCUGUCAUAUUGAGCACUGAAACAGUUUUUGCUUGAUGUAAUCAUUCCUCCUGUUCAUACUGGAUAUAAUCCCAUUCAAGUGUGAAUGAUUGGAGAUAAAAUCCACACUUAAAAGUUAAUCAGAUGCUUCAUCCACCAAGUGGUUGUCUUCAAAAGAUCAUCCUUUUUAGUACAAAAUUCCCUCUUUUCAUUUCUAGUGUUCCUGUGCUGAGCUGCAGUUGAGUGACAAGAGGGAAUCUGGCACCAAAGGGAGUGUAAAUUUGAAAGGUAUCAGCAUGAUUUUGUUAACUCAGGUUGCUGAAGACUAUAGAGGAGAAUAGGAGGGGAAUAUCUAAAUGGGGAGGAACAGUGGUUCAUAGUUUUAUGACAGACUGGAAGAAUUAUUAACCCAUUCUUUCAGUUGUAGAGGUGUCCGAUCAUUAUCUGAAAACAUCUGCCUGCAGCUGGAAACAAGCCUGACGAGAGCUGUGAGAUUAAACCAAAACUGCAGAAAAAUCAAGAGGCUGAAAAGCUCAGUCAAUACCUUAUAACACAUCUUUAUUAGAUUCAUUGUUAAGAAGAAAAUAUUGAUUAGUGGGGUUUUAAAGCGGGACUGUGUAACUUCGGCUCAAAAGCAGACAACAUGUGCAGCUGAAAUCCAACAGGGUCAUUGCUCUCUCCUUCAUUUCCCAUCAUCUGUCUUCUGUCACUGAUAAAAGCAAAAAAAUCCCAAAAAGAGACAAUUACACAGUGAUAAUACAGUCUACAACAUAUGUUC